AUGGCUGAGUGGGGCUACCAAAAUCGCGAGAAACAGAUUCAUGAGAAGGUGUUUGACACGCUUUCCCGUCCAUUAUCCCGUGCCAGCAAAGCGAAUUCCAAUGGAAAUCAAUCGUCAAAAGAAUCACCAUCCUCCUCACCCUUCCAUAUGUUCUCCGGUGGACGAAAAGUGAAGUGGAACCAUUUUGGAAAAAAGUACGCUUUGAGGUUUUCGGACUACGAGAUGGAAUAUGCCGAUUUGUAUGAUGCGCUGCUCAAAAAAGUGCACGAAGUGCGCGCGGAUUUCGAAGGAGACCUCGCAUUCAUCGACCAGUACGGCCGUCAAGUGAUAGUCUCGUCUGACAAGGACGUCCGAGAGGCGAUCCAACAAUCGAAAAACAAGCUGAAGCUGCAUACGACUCUCCGCGACGGACACGUCAUCGCCGCAGCUGAUAUGGCCGAAGCAGCACGCGGACGGCCAGCCAGAUCACAGUCCGUGCCGCCGGAGCGCUCCUACAACAUGUACCCCCAACGUUCUCCAUCGUCAAUGGACAGCGCACCCGACACGUACCGCCAUCAUCCACAGCAGAUGACACGUGCCAUGUCUCCACCGCCAAUGUCGACCACAACCGGCAGCACACAUUCUCCGCCGUUGCGUCAAAUUGGAGAAACCGUCAAAACCACGUAUAGUCACAGCGGAAGUUACGGAGGCUUGUAUCCGGGUGGCUACAAGGGAUACCCGUAUGGUGGUGGCUACUCGAAUAGCAUUCUCUACGGAAUGCCGCCACAUAAUGGCAUGCUUUGGAGAUUCCUCGCCAACCCAUUCCCUUUCGGAAACGCUCAAACCAGAUCUUUCAUCGGACCUAACAAAUAUCACCAUUUCGGAGGCUACAAUCACAUGUAUUCCUCGGGAUUCGGUGGUCCAGUCUGGUAAAUUUCAAUCGAUCAGAACUCGAACAAUUUUUGAGCCAUAUCUUCUUUUUUCUCUCUCUUUUUUUGCACAAAACUUCAGUUUUCAUUUUAAUGUGUACAUAUUCUGAGCAUUCUUGCUAAAAACCAAUUCAUCUGUGUGUCACCACUACUAUCAUUACUACUAGUCGGCAAACAAUAUAUGCUUGGGUUCUGUUUUAUUUGCAAUUUAUAUAUUUUUGCAUCCUAAUAAAAGUGAUAUGUUGAUAAGAAA